AGAGGGGCAGAGGAGAAAAAUCAAUCCACCGAGCAGAGAGGAGAGGAGCGACCUCCGCCGCGCUGCCUCGGUGUUGACCCCUCCCCCCACGCUGGAUCCCCCCACGGCGGCGGGUGCGUCCUUCGGCGGCGGCGGCGCGUUGUUAUGCCGAGAGGCGCCCAGGUUUCAACACCAUUCGCCUCUGGGUUUCUAGCAUUCUCAGAAAGGAUAUGGAGCGCACCCUCUAUGCAAGUUCCCCUGUAUCCCACGUCUCGCUGCUUGAGCAAGUUCUUGGCUGGAGAUUUUGUCUUUACGGAGACUUCCUUGUCAUCUCCUUCGUCAAUUGCACCUGAAGAACACACCUGGCUUAGCGACUACCGUGCCUGGUCCCAUGCUACUGGACAUUAGGGCCGACUAGUGAUUGCGGUGCACAUCUAUUCGAGCAUGGUGCGUCUCUUCUCUGGCAACAUUUUCGUAAUUUUUGCCGUGGCACUGGUCAGCCAGCAAAAGUUACCAUCAGAACUUCUUUGGACACUUGGGAUCUAACCCGUAGAUCCUCCUUGUCGGUUACAAGCUCUAGCGCUCUCAGCAGGUUCUGGUUUUCUUUGCUUCUGUCAGCUCUCUUCUCCCCUAUCACUGCGAGUUUUCAGUUUGUCCGGCUUGAUCUUUGGUGUGUAUAGUGUGCACUGUUCUUCAUCAGGCUUCACUUCUGAUGGCGUAACGUGAGGGCAAAGGUGUUCAAGUUUAUUUGUCACAAAGUAUGGGUAUUGCUUACAGACGUUUGAAAAAAGCCUGCAGUGACUUUGGUGAUCUACUCUCCAAAGACAUUCCGGCAAUACGCGUAUGAGUCUUGUUUGUGUUUAUAGGACUGUUCAAAAAUAAGGACAGCUUUGCAUUCUAGCUAAUAAAAUGGAGAGGUAUAACAUUAUUACGGAAGUGGGUGACGGUACGUUUGGUAGUGUUUGGCGUGCAAUCAAUAAGGAAAGUGGUGAAGUGGUUGCAAUCAAGAAAAUGAAGAAAAAAUAUUUUUCUUGGGAGGAGUGCAUCAAUCUCCGUGAAGUGAAGGUAUUUUAUGUUAUGUUACAUAACAUAUCAUGGAGCCAUAUUGCAUCAUGGCUUCCUUCACUUCAUUUGAUUAAAUGUAUGUUUCAACUUCAACAGUCCCUCCGAAGGAUGAACCAUCCAAACAUUGUGAAGCUCAAGGAGGUCAUAAGAGAGAAUGACAUGCUGUUCUUUGUUUUUGAAUACAUGGAAUGCAAUCUAUAUCAGCUGAUGAAGAGCAAGGGAAAGCCUUUUUCUGAGACUGAAAUCCGGAACUGGUGCUUUCAAGUAUUUCAAGCUCUUAGUCACAUGCAUCAACGUGGAUACUUUCAUCGGGACCUUAAGCCUGAAAAUCUGCUAGUUACAAAGGAACUCAUCAAGGUAGCUGAUUUUGGGCUUGCUCGUGAGAUUAUUUCUGAACCACCAUACACAGAAUAUGUGUCAACUCGCUGGUAUCGUGCCCCAGAGGUUCUACUUCAAGCUUCUGUUUACAGCUCAGCAGUUGACAUGUGGGCUAUGGGCGCCAUUAUUGCCGAGCUUUUUUCACACCGACCUCUUUUCCCUGGCUCAAGUGAAGCGGACGAGAUAUACAAAAUCUGUAGCAUUCUUGGCACACCAAAUCAGCAUACUUGGGCUGCAGGACUGCAGCUGGCAGCAUCUAUCCAUUUUCAGUUUCCUCAGUCUGGAAGCAUAACUCUUUCAGAAGUGGUUCCCACAGCAAGUGAAGAUGCGCUGAACCUUAUUUCGUGGCUUUGCUCAUGGGACCCCCGUAAAAGGCCAACCGCAGUGGAGGUUUUGCAGCAUCCCUUCUUUCAGCCAUGCUUCUAUAUCCCCCCUUCACUUCGUUUCAGAUCGACCGGAUAUGCAACAACACCACCAUCAGUUGGGGCUAGAGGGGCUAUGGACCAGAAGAAUGCUAGGAGAUACCCUGUGGGGACUUUAACCAACGGGAGACCGGCAGUCAAUAACUCGUACCUGGGCACUAAUAACGUCCCAGCAAGAGCAGCUGGCGUGCAAAGGAAGCUAGAGCUGGAUCAUCAGGUGAAACCAGAGGGCAACCAUAAGCUGACGAAGGAGAACGCGAUGAACCAGCCUUGGUCCCGACUACCACCAGCACCAGUGAGGAACAACGGGAACUACCUCGCUGCAAAGGAGCAGAUCCCUCGCGGCGGCGUGCCUGACAUAGCCGAGAAGCUGUCCCAGCUGUCGAUGGCCUCCACCACCAACCGGGCGCCGAUCAUGUCUUCGGACAGGUUUGCUGACCUGAAGGGCACUACCAGAGCCCACCAACCGGAGCCCGUGAGGCGGCCCGUGCCUCUGGGACCCAGGGACACGUGGCACGCCCGGAACGACCCCUUCCGGCGCACCUACGAGAUGCCCGGCGAGAGGGCUCUCCUCCAGAGGAAGCUCGUCAGCUGAGGACCAUCCCACCAAUGCCCGCCUGCCUGCCUGCCGUCCAUCUGCCCCCUUCGCAUCAUCGACGCCACCACCACCACCACCACCGACCACAAUAAUCCAGCGGCCUCCUUCCCUGGCGGCCGCUGCCAAGUUUGUGUCUCCCUUUAUCGUUCCGUGUUGUGAUGAAAAUAAAAGCCAGUCUCCCCCGGUCCUGGCGUCGCUUGGAGGGGCGGGGAGAGUGAAGAGUAGUGCUGCGUUUCCUUUGGGCUUUCGAGUGUCGGAAACGUGGAUGAUGAUACAUGCUUUGUGAUUUGUGUGCAAAACCAACGAUUGCUCGCGUUUAUGUGACGUUGUGGUUAAACUAAACUUAUUGAUGAUUUCUUUGCUUGCUCGCAA